AUGCGGAAAAGACAUUACCUACACAGAAUCUUGAGUUACGGUGUCAACAAUCGUCUUGAUGCUGUGUUUGAGAGAUAUGUGACGACUGAGGAGACUGUGGAAGAUGUGACGGGUAGGUUGGGAGUGGUUGAAUAUGAGUAUAAGAAGUUGGAUGUUCUGAAGGAUGGAUUGGACAAGUUGGAGAAGUUGAAGAAUAAAUUGGAGAAGUUGAUCGCUAUCGAGAACGGGCCGGAGAAAGUAGAUCUUGUGGUUAGUCAGAGAUUAGGUGUUAUGGAGGGUAAAUUGGAGAAGCUGGAGGUUGCGAUGAAAAGUGACCGAGUAGAACGUCUGGAAGUCAUAAACCUUAACGCCUGGGCUUUUAACAACCAAGCAUCCGACAAGCACGAUAGGUUAAGGCCUUUAAAAGUCGCAAAGCUCGAUCGAGACCAAAAUUUGUCCUUCGAAGUAUCACCACACUUUCCAUUGUUCGUUAGCCGGGUGGGACACCUGUCAGUACUCGGUAGGAAUCCCUCCGCUGUAUGUGUCUAA